UGGCGGUAGUUUGAAAUUGAAAGCACAUCUUUUCCCUAGCUGAAGUCAACAGUUAAGAUGGAGGAAUUUCGUCAUACAUUUGUGCGACUUUGUCGUGAUAAUCAUAUAGAGGCUCAAGAGUGUGUCUUGACUGCCCUAAAGAGUGCUGAGCAGACUCCGUCCACAGCAGUGUUGAACCUGUCCACUAACAAUGUCUCUGCCAAAAACUGCGCAGCUCUGGGCAAAGUCCUGGCCACCGACAGAACCUUCGUGGAACUGCGACUGUCAGACUGUAUGCUUACCGAAGAUGCUGUUAAAGGGAUUGCGUAUGGCCUCACCUCAAAUGUUUGGUGUCGAAAGUUGGACCUAAAGGGUAAUAAUAUCCGGGGAGUGGGUGUGGAGGUCCUGGGAAAGAUGUUACGACACAACAACACACUGGCCAGUAUGUGUUUGGAGUGGAAUUCUGUGGGGAUGAUUGACAACUCGUUUGCGGUGUUCUGUGAGGGUCUUGGCUCUAACUCGGCCCUAAAGGCUUUAGACCUGCGGAACAACCAGAUUAGUCACGAUGGAGCCGCAGAACUAGCUGCAGGACUAAAGCGAAACACCUCACUCAAAUCUCUGGACUUGCGCUGGAACAACGUGGGACUUUUGGGUGGGCGCGCUCUGCUGGAGAUGUUAGAGAGCAAUAAGACGUUAACAAGACUCGAGCUCGCCGGGAACAAUGUGCCCAGUGAUAUCCUAAAGGCUAUAGAGACAGCAGUUGGUCAUAAUGGAGACAGACAGGCCCUGUCAGAAAGUUACAGCAAGAGGACACAGACUCUGACACAUCACAUAAGACAACUGGAGAAAGACAAGAAUUCUCAGAUGGGAGAUUUGAUGAACACUCUUGAUAGACAAGAAGAGAUUUUAAGGAAAACCAAAAGGUCUUCAUCACAUAAAAUUGGAAGUCUACAGGAGUCUUUAGAAGAAAGGAAAGCAGCAUUUAACUCCCUUGCCGCCAAGCUUGCCCUGACAGAGUCUGAGCUCUCCUUAGCAGAGCAGAAGUAUAAUGAUUCCACCAUUGUCAUACAAAGAUUAAAACAGGAAUUGGCCGAUAACAACAGUAGUCACCAGAGUGAACUGAGGAGGGAGCGAGAGGACCGUGCAUUGACCGAGACGAAAAUGCUGAAGGAAUUGUCCGAGUCAAAUGACCGAUGUAUACACCUGGAAUCCAAACUGGGUGAUGUAGAGCGUAAGUGUAAGCAGCAACAAGAAGAGAUUUUUGACCUGAAGGAACAAGUUGCACACCUGCAAGCUGAUCUCAAGCUGAAGAGAGCUCAAUAUGAUGAUAAAAUACAGCAAAUCAAACAACAAAACAAAGAAACAGUGAGAGAAAUGGAUGUGUUGAAACAAAAGGAGAUAAACCGCCUUCAUCAGGAGAGUGAGGAAAGUGAAAAGGUGUUGAAGGAUCGUAUUGGGAAGCUGGAGCGUCAGCGUUUAGAUCUGGAGGAAGAGGUGGGACGUCACAAGUCUCUGUUAGCCCAGGAGAGACUGCAGGCCGAGGAGCAGCUGAUGAUUGCCAAGCAGAGGGCGAAAACUGAGGAGGAUCACAGGGUGAAACAGCUGGAGGAUAAGGUCCAUUUGUUACAGACCACAAAGGACGACCUCCAUUUACAGUGUAACCAACAGACAGGCAUGAUCUCUGACCUCCAGUCCAAGAACUCCAACUUAAGUUUGGAGCUGGAAUCCAUGAGGAGGAGAUUGGAAGACCUUAAUGUGGAAUUGGCCAAUAAAAACAAUGUGGUGAUGACAGAAGUUGGAAAAGUUAAGAUGGAAAUGACUCAGCAGCUCAGCAAGUUUGAAGGGGAAAGGCAGAUGACAUCUGAAUUACGGGACAAGCUAGACAAAGCGGAUCGGGAACUCUCCGAGCAAUUACUCAGACAUAGGGAAGCAAUGGAGACUAAGGACAAAGAGAUAGUUUUGCUGCAGGAAAAACUCAAAGGUCGUGAGCUGGAAUUGACACGGAUAAAGGAAGAAGAGUCUCAAAGAGCCACCAUGUUGCAGUCAGCCAUUUUGAACUACUGUAAUAGACCCAGCUUACCUUCAAAGUAGACCAUAUCAUAAGCACUGAAAAAUCUGUCCAAUUCAUGUAUAUAUUUACCAUACAUAAGCUUUUAUAUCAGAUGUUAAUAAUGAUGCAAAUCUAAAAUAUAAUUACCCUCAUUAUGCAGACUGCUAAUAUUUGAAAACAAUGUCAAUUUUGUGACAUAUGAUCAAUGGGAGUUCAUGCUAGAGUCCAGCUCAUGCCGUCAAUCUCAGUGAAAACAAUAAAUAAAUAAAUUAUUCCAGAAAUAGGCUGGUGGUACUAGCAAAGUUAUAACUAAAGUAAACUGCACUUCAAACAAAUUCCUGCAUUUCUGAGCAAAAACAUUUUGUACUUUAUUUUCCAUUUCACAAAAUGCAUUCUGAAAUCCCAGUGUUACUGUUGUUGUUAACAUUAAAUCUCCUUAAAUUAUAUUAUGUCAUGGCACAGUUUUGCUUAUGUUUUUUGUUUAAUUGUACAGUUAACCAUUAUUUAUUUAAAUAAACCUUUCUGUCCAAUUGUAUUUUAAUAUUGUUAUCAUAUUUGAGAAAUAUAUAUUCAUGUAUACAUUUUGUUAUGAUUGCUUGUAGUGUUAUAUCUGUUUUAAGUACUCUUGUGAAAACAUUAAAUAGUGGGAUAUCUCAUAAUUUGCAAAUUUAAACAUGUUAAAGUCAUGACAAAUGGGAUUUUUACCAGAGAAAAUUCAACCCUUCUAGGUUCAGAUAUGUAUUUGAGAUUGAUUUUCUUGACUAAAUUUUUAAAUGUACCUUAAUUAUUUUAAGAAAUUUAGGUGUUUCAAUGUGUAAUUGAAAGCUUUUCUGUCUUCUUAUAAAUGAGCCAGUAGCAUUGUCUUGCAGUUUGAAGUGUAGAUUGAUAUAUAUAUGCAUUAGACAGUGUCCUGUUAAAUAUUGCUAUUUGUUACUGUAAUGUUCUCUAUAGGAGAACUUGUGCAUUAGUUUUACAUAGAAAAAAUGUUGCCUGUAUCAAAGUACAUUCUACCUGUGACAUAAUGAAGGCAUAAUAUCAAACACUUGAUUACUUUGGACAAUAAUGACAAAGAGUGGAAAACAUAAACCUGUAUUUCUGAGUAUUUGCAUAUGUGUAUGAAUUGAGUGACAUCAGAUCUAUUUCACAUGACAGGGAUAGAAAUAAGGGGUGUAUACAUGCACCGAUGUACCCAUUUAUUUGACUGUGUUUAUAAAAUCUCCAAAUAUUUUAAACAUUUCAUCAGCUUCAGAAUUAAAAUCUUAUUCCUGUUAACAGUGUAAAAUUGUUAUAAAAUAUGUCCAUACACAUUUAAAUGUUUCAUGAUUUAGGAUGUAAAUAAAUUUUGGGCAUGUGAAGUAUUGUCUGUGCCCUGUAAAGUAUUGUCUAUGCACUUGUAAAGUAUUGUCUGUGCACCUGCUUUGUACAUCUCGGUGCACAUUGUAUAUGUAACAUUUAUUCUUAAAUUUGACCCCUGGGUAAACAUUUUAAGAGGUUUUGUGUCAGAGUAUAUGUAGUUUUACAUCCCCAUAUUUGCUCUGACUGAGAGUUGUCUUUCCUAGACAUCUGCUCAUGUUAAUUGAAUAUUUAAGGUAUUUUUCACAGGUAUGAGUAGAUAUACAUGGAUAUGGUUACCAUUACUCUUGAUACAAAGUCUCUGUAAGAACAUUAUAUAUGGCACUGCUGUUGACAACUUUCAGAGAUUCCUUGUUAUGAGGUGCAGCUGUGGAAUAUGUAUAAUUAUAUUGUUUCUUUCCUCAUAGAAAAGUUAAAACUGAGUCUGUAAAAUUCAUGAAUACAUGUAAUACCUAGUAAAAAACAAUUCACAAAUG